AUGGCACGGAGCAGUCCCUACAGCUGCCUGGGGUACAUGCUGGUGGUAGUCUGUUGUCUGAAGGACACCCUCGCCUUUCCCAACUCCUCUCCGCUGCUGAAUCCCAGCUGGGGGAAUGGAGAUCACCUGAUGCACCUCUACACAGAUACAGAGCGGAACAGCUUCCAUCUCCAAAUCAAUGCUGAUGGCUACGUUGACGGUGUUCCUCACCAAACCAUUUACAGUGCCCUAAUGAUGAAGUCCGAGGGUGCUGGCUCAGUAAUAAUCACAGGUGUGAAGAGUGGACGCUACCUCUGUAUGGACAUGAAAGGAAACAUCUUUGGUUUGCAUUACUUCAGUCAAGAGGACUGCGUGUUCAACCACAGGACGCUGGAAAAUGGAUAUGAUGUGUACCAGUCUCCCAAACACAACUUCCUGGUUAGCUUAGGCAGAGUUAAACAAGCUUUCUUCCCUGGUAUGAAUCCACCACCAUACUCCCAGUUUUUGUCCAGGAGAAAUGAAAUCCCUUUGUUUCGAUUCAACACACCCGAACCCCACAGAAAUACUAGAAGUGCAGAUAUCGAUCCAAUGGAUCCUCACCAGAUCCUGGUCCCGCAGAGAAAGAUCCCUGCGUUCGGAUCUCAGUUGCGGCAGCAAGCAGACUUUUCCCACAUGCCCAGAGAACCCAUGAGAAUCAACCAGAACGACGUGGUCAACCCAGAUGACCCACACGCUAUGAUGGAUGCCAGGAGGUACGCAAGUCCUCGCUUUUAUGUUACAAGAUAA